GCCAACAGCUUUGAAACGCUUGAACGGCAGCGGAAGAUGACGUCACAUUUUGUAGUUCAAAAAAAGUUGUAGUCCAAAAACUAGACUGUCACUUUUAUUUAAAAAAAGCAACGGCUUUUAGCUAAAAUAAAAGGCAAAAUUGUAAAACUAAACCAUCAAAUAAGGCUUUCAGGGAAAGUCUCUCUAUUUUAAAGCGAAAAAGCCGUAAAAGUUUGCGUCCUUACUAGGACCCAACCGGACCCAACGCUGUAUCCCUCUGCCAUGGUCACUAUUGGUGUCCUUAACGAAGCCUGUUUCAAACUCGACAUUGUUUUGUAAUUUAAUAAAAUGCUUUUAAAAUAUUUCUAAUGUAAGCUACUAUAUUACACUUCAUUAAUCUUGUUGUAAGUAUUUGUUAAAUGAUAUUGGACAUGGUGGCAAAUGUGUGUUGAUUUCUGCUCAGGCGAUGUCAGGAGUGUCAUCAUUGACUUUGUUUUUAUUUAUCCGGCCAAUAAGCCUAAAUUAGCUGCUCCAGAAUGUCUCGUCUGGUGAAGAAAUCUCCAUCUAUCUGUACGGAUCUACCUCUGGACAACACAKAUAUUUGUUACAAGCUUCGUCUGAUGAAGGAGCUUCUGUGUUCUUGUUACGGYCCGACCGCUAGACUAAAACAAAUCCACAACAACAUCGGAGGGCACGUUGUCACCACCUCCGCGUCUUCGGUUCUCCUUCCAGCCGUCUCCUCCUCCGAGCCCUUCAUCAAUCUGAUCAAAACGUCGAUCCUGCACCACGUGCACCGCUUCAGCGACUGUGGGUUAUUUGCUGCCAUCUUCUGCUUCUCUCUCAUCGAACGAGCAAAGCAGUCCGGUCUCAGAGCUGGCGUGGUGGCCAGAGUGAACAAACACUUGAUGCUUCUGAGCACCGGUUACUUAAAACAGGAUGACUGCGGCUGUAAAGUUAAGCUGGACUUCUGCAGCAGCCAGAACCUGGUCGGGUUAGCUCGCAGCAGCAUCUCCAGCAAACCGGGGUGUGUGCUGACAGGAGCGGAGUGUCUCCACAUCAGCAGGCUGGUGGUGCAGGCUUUCCUGCUGACUGUUCCCUGCCACAGCCCGGGUCCAGUCAGCCUCGGUCAAACUGUGACUGUUCCAGUUGAGGGUCUGUCUGUGCUGGACUCUGCAGUGUUUCCAGGCCUGCUGGUGGACACACCUGAAGAGUUUUACCUCAACCAACAAGACAGUUCGUUCAGUCCACUGGUGCUUUUCAGUACAUCUCUGGCUGGAGAUCUCCCUGAGCUGGGUGAUGGCAGGAUGGAGGUGCACCCAGGUCUGGAGACUGACUCUCAGAUCCUGGAUCAGCUCCUGGAGCUGGGCCAACAGGUGGUUAAAGAUGGAGUGAAGGUGUUUGUCUGUCAGAAGGUCGUCCACCCAGUCUUACAGGGUUACCUGAGAUGUCAGGGUGUYGUGGUUGUAGAGAGACUUGGAGUCACGAUGAUGGAGUCGCUUAUUCAGCUGACAGGUGCUCAACCUGUGGCCACGUUCCAUUCCGCCGUCCCACCCACGGCCUACGGGAGGAUCAGGGAUCUCAGUGUCAGGCGGUUUGGGUCCAAGACCAUGCUACAUUUACAGCCCUGUGGGGGAUCUGCAAUCUGCACCAUGGUCCUGUGCCACAGGAAUGAGACCAUGUUAAAUGAGCUGAAGGUGGCGUGCCAGCAGGCAGAGCACGUGUUGAGACUCACCCUCAGGGAACCAUCUGCUCUACUUGGAGGCGGCUGCACAGAGACCCAUUUAGCUGCUUAUGUAAGACAGAAGAGCAAGAAUGAAGCUCGGGAUUCUGCCUCAGGUCUCGGCUGCUCACAGACAGAGUACCUCCUUGGCGUGGAGGUGUUCUGCCGCUCCCUGGAGUCGGUGGCCAGAUCUCUGGAGCACGACGGAGGGACCUCCGUGAUCGAUCUGACCCACGCUCACCGCUGGACUCAACCUUCAGACGCCACGAGAGAACAGCCGGACGUCAGCGCGGGCUGCUGCGGCUGCGGCGCGCUGGAAACCAGCGAGAAGUGGACGUAUCUGGACGGCCAGCGCGCUGAGUUCUCUCCCGCGGUUUCGCUCGGAGACGCCUCUGUGCGGCCACGUGUGCUGGACUCUUUCACAGCUAAACUCAACGCGUUGCAGGUGGCCGUGGAAACGGCUAACCUGGCUCUGGAUGUGAGCUAUAUGGUCCAAGAUGUGAACUAAUAAGGGGCGCCACGUGUAAAAUGAAAUGUUAAGAAAUUUCACUGACAUAUUUUCCAUUAUUUAGCUCACUGUUCUUACAUUUAGCUCAUUUUUACUAAAUGUUAAAUUUAAAUGUUAAAAUAUUUAAUCCUAAAUCUAAACGUUURAAUGUCAAAUUUACCACUUAAAUGUUAAGUUCACAUUUAGGUGUUUUGGAAUGGAAUGCAGCCUUUGCUGUUGGUGCUUGGCUCAUGUUAUGAUGUCAUCAU